GCAUUGGUUUUAGUGAGUACGAGCCGGGACCGUAAGAAAUACGUAGUAGUAAGUGGAGAGCAGUCCGUUGUUUUCAGUGUGGCUGUACUCUGCUGACCCAAAUGAAUCCUACCGCCUGUCAGUCCUCGUUCGGGCUUCUUCGUGCGAGUUCCUUUCUAUUUUGACGUUCAUAAUUCCUCAAUAUUUUCCAUAAAUAAUUCAUAUUUUUCAUUGUUUUAGUAAAAAAAUAAUUAGUGCGCAGUUUUUUUUUUUUUAUUUCGGUUUAAUUUAAUUCACCUUGAUUUCUUCGAAAAUGUGAACUUUUGAGUUCCCGGUAAACUGGAUGCUGAUGAACUAAAAUAUCGGAACAUGUGUGCGGUUUAAAUAAGAUUAGUAGCAGCUGGGCUCGGUAGUAAGAGAAAAUAAGUGCAUGACUUAAAUAUACUUGGAUAUUGUGAAGCUUUAAAUAUAAUACACUGGUUUAAUAAUAAUAAUUUUACCAAUUGUUGAGGCCGAUGUGUCGAAUCAAGGAAUUAAAAGUGUGAUUUUUGCUUCAAGUGCGAAAGCAAUAUAAUACACUGUUGAAAAUUUUUAUGUGUAUUAACAGUUUUUAAAUACUAUGUGCAAGUGCAGCUCAAUGAUCCGGUUGCUCAGGAUAUCUAUCUGAUAACAAUUAGCCUUAAUAAGAGCACGUGGGAUUUUUUAAUGGAUACAACGCGAUGUCGCUGCGCUUCACGGUGUUAAUUAUCUACAAAAGACACUGACUUUACCAAAAUGCGUAGCGAGGUGGGCGAAUGGUUAGCAACUUGUGUCGGUUCUCCAAUUUGCAUACUGUUGUUAUCCUGGUCACUGCUGAUCUACCAGAACCAGCCGUCGUCCUUGAAGCGUAGGAUCGAUGUCCUCACAGUUGCCAUCAUCACACAGAGUUUGGCACAUCAAUUGGGGCUACUACUUUAUGCCAUACUUACACUUAUACGUCCAGUUAAUCACUUUGGAGAAAUAUGUUCAUCAUUAGUCUGGCUGCUGAAUUCCUCCAGCGUAUUGCAGCAACUGACUCUAACAUCAAUCGCAAUCUUCGCGGCGAUUUUCACCAAGGAAGACUCGAGCCUGACGAAGAACCACCUGAAGUACCACCUGGUCUCACUGACCGUGAUCAGCGCUUGCAUCGGAUUCACCGGAAUCCUCAACUUUGAAUCAGAAACUUGCGUGUUUCUGGCUCAAGAGAUUUCAGUCAAGUACGGGCUCUUCGUCAACGCACUGAAGAUCCUUCUGCUGUUCGGCACAAUUUGCGGUCUGUGCAUCACGAUAUUCAAGGACGCUUGUCAGUCCCCGAAGUCUGAGCUUCUGCAGUCGGUUUCUGACCUCUCGGACACUAGUUCCAAGAAUUCUGGGUUUGAUCAUCAGCAUCAUUGGGAUCCUUCUAACGGGUCUUUUACCAGUGGGUCUACUAAUUCUAGAGCUUGCUUAAGGAAGAGGAAGCCCAGGGUAGACGAGAGUGGAAGCAAGUCUACUGUAUUUAGCAUCUUGUUCGUCUGCUAUGUCUUCGAUCAUCUUCCUGUUUUGGUGAUUUCAAUAAGGCCUGAACUACUAAACGGCUUUUGCACGCCUCAAAACAUCGCAAUAUGGCUGCCGUUGAUAAAAGACACAUUACUGCCAGUAUUUCUCGCGAUAUUCGACAAAAUGUUCUGCCGAUACGUCGCUAAAGUUUACACCAAGCAAGAUAAUAUGCGAAAACUAGCUCACUGUGGCGUAGAUGGUAAAUUUCGUCAUUUUGAACAAGACGCUGAGUACAAAUUACAACUCAACCUAAACCAUGGCUUGAAAUUUCCGCUUACCAAUGGCAGCCUUUACGGCAGGCUUCAUAAUCAUCAAAACCGAGCACGAACUGGAACAAUAACAAUGGGCAUCCAGCACUACCCGCGCGCCCAAUCUCUAACAGAUGACAACUACGGUUCACUGCCUGCGGAACUGACUUCGUUCACGAGUUCCACAUUCGAACCUCGUCAGCACAAAGACUCUAAGACCAACUCAAUUGACACCCAGUCGACGCAACGGCUGAUAAAAAUGAACGAGAACUUUGAAUUCGGAACCAAAAGGAAGAUCUGCAGCACCGAUGUCUUUGGGCAGAACAUGGAGAACCUGGUCCAGCUGGAAGACCCCAAGAGGAAGCAGUUCGCCAGGAGUCUUGAUGAAAUCCGCGAGGAGGUUCCUAAGAAGGACAAGGACCUCAAGAUCCAGACCAGGAAGGACGAACAGGAGUUCACCCGAAAUUUGGUGAGACGCAACCAGAGUUUUGAUCAGUCAAAGUACCUGCGCGUGGGUCUGGAUUCAAGGACUUAUGACAUCAAGGACCUCAUUCGGAAGGACAGGCAGAUGGAUCUUAUGAGGAAGGACUAUGAUGAGGACGGGUUUGAUAGUUCUGAUGACGGAAGCUGCGAUUUUGAUAACGAGAACUUUGAUGACACUCUUAGUUCUUGUAAAAGUCGCAGUAGGAGCUGCUGUUCGGUUACUACUGUGGCUAAUGAUGAUUUUGAGUUCUUUCAAAGGAAAGGGACCAAGACCGAAAUAUUCUCACCGAAAAAAUUACCUGACAAAAUUAACAUGAGAUCAUUCACACCAAAGAUCAUCGACGACACCUGGAUCAUUGAGAACACCGCAUCUGUUAACAAAGUGAACCCUCUUGCAAAUAAUAAUAAAAACAUUCAUAAUAUUAGUAAUAGUAACAGUAAUAAUAAAAAUUCAUCAAAUAAAAAGAACGUAAAACUUAUCGUAAACACAAAACCGACGAUCCAGUCGUACCAUUUGAAGAAAAUCUCCCCCGGUUACUCGAUGAACGAUUUGGACAAGCUGUUCCCAGAGGAGAAAUCCCAAGAAAAGCUCGGCAAUGCUAGUCUCAAAGGCACCCUUAAAAGAUCCGAGAUCCACCAUGACAGCGUGAGCGACGCUACCCUAAGACACAUCGGAGGCUCCGCGCCGGAUUUCAAGAAGAUUUUCCUCGAAUGCGUUUGAUUUUGAAUCGUUUUAAUUAUGUUAAUGAUAAUGAAUAAAUUAAUGGUAUUACUAAUUAAUAUAGAGAGUAAUUAACUUAGCGAUUGUGUUCAAUGAUGUAAUAUAUAUUUUUUUAACUAUUUUAUUAACCCGUGUUUUUAUUAUUGAGUAAU